AUGAAGGCAGUAAUCCUUUUGUGUUUACUAUCAGUUUCUCUGUGCUUCGGCAAACCUAGUAAUGAAGCUGCCGCACAAGCUCAACCACAAACAUUAAAUUCUACUGUUGAUGCAAAAGUACCAAAAACAACUGAUAUCCCUACAGUUCCAAUACCAAUUGUGGUACCAAGCACAAAGAAUGGCACUGUUAUUGCUCCCACAUUAGCUGAAAAAGAUACUAAACCAGAGAAAGCAAGUGAAGCUGCCAGUCCUGUUACUGAGAAAUCUAGUGCACCAAGCCCAACCCCUGAUAACAAAACCACAGAGAAGAAGGAGGAAACUCCUAAAGAAAAUGCAGUAAAAGAGCCAACCAAGGUAUCACCUCAAGAAAAACCUCAGGAAGCACCAAGUACCACAAAGACUGAAGAAGCACCAAAACCAGUACCUUCUGCUACUCCAAAAGAAAAUGUAACCGUUAAACCAACCCAGGCAACAUCAGCUGUGCCUCCUAAAGAUGACGCUGCAGCACAUCCUAUUGAGGCAAGACCAGGAUUUGACGGUGCUAGCUUUGUUGGAGGAAUAAUAUUGACCCUAGGUCUCUUGGCAAUUGGCUUCAUGGGCUUUAAAUACUACAAAAACCAAACUGAAAGAAACUACCAUACCCUAUAA